CGAUAAAAUCGUUUCUUCGCCGAACCGCAGAAAUGGAGCGUAAUAUCGACAUUUAUGCCGCGAAGCUUGCGGACCCUGCUAUAGAAUCCAAAUUCAAAACCAAUGUAGCAGUUGAACUGCGCGACUCGUUAGAGCAACUAUGUUCUCCGCCAAGCUAUGCCACCUUCCUCACAAAGCUAUGGCCGGUUUUCAAGAAGAUAUUGAAGGGCGAGCCCGUGUUUGUCAGUAUGUCGUGGGAACAGAAACUCCGGAAUUGUAUUCUGGAAAUCAUACAUCGGCUGCCGUUGGACCUUCCGGAUGUCCAGCCCUAUGCGGGAGAUAUGGUGGACCUCUUGAUGGAGCUCGUUAGAGUUGAAAAUGAGGAAAACGCGGUUCUGUGCAUGAAAACAAUUAUGGACCUUGAGCGACGGCAGGUUGGCGCAACGCAGAGCAGAGUGCAACCAUUCCUUGAACUUAUACGGGAUAUGUUUGAAGGCAUGUCGCAGGUCGUGAAGGAUACCUUUGAUACCCCUGUUCAGGGUUCAACGCCAGGCAUGCUUCCCUCAACGCCCGGUGGUCCUCAGAAUUUCCAAUCGCCCAGACCCAGCUCACCCGCUACAUCUGUUUCGGACCUUGCUCCUGAUCAACAAGGAAACCAGCAGCUAUUGAGAGGCAUGCAAUCCUUUAAAGUUCUUUCCGAAUGUCCGAUCAUCGUGGUCUCUAUAUUCCAAGUACACCGUGCCUUGGCUCCUCAGCAUGUUAAGGUGUUUGUUCCUCUCAUAAAAGGCAUUUUGCUGCUCCAAGCGAAGCCACAGGAGAAAGCACAUGUCGAAGCUGCCGCGCAAGGAAGAAUAUUCACUGGCAUUUGCAAAGAGAUUAAAAACCGAGCGGCUUUCGGAGAAUUUAUUACCGCCCAGGUCAAAACAAUGAGCUUUUUAGCUUAUUUACUUCGGCAAUACUCCAGUCAUUUGCAAGACUUCCUCCCAUCUUUGCCGGGCGUGGUAGUAAGACUGCUUCAAGAUUGUCCCAGAGAGAAAUCAAGUGCUCGAAAGGAGUUGCUCGUUGCUAUUCGGCACAUCAUUAAUUUUAAUUAUCGCAAGAUCUUCUUAAUGAAAUUGGAUGAGCUCCUUGAUGAGAGAACUUUGAUCGGUGAUGGCCUUACGGUUUAUGAAGCUCAGCGACCUCUGGCAUACAGUAUGCUCGCAGAUCUAAUUCAUCACGUCAGGGAAUCGCUUAACCGUGAUCAAAUUCGUCGAACCCUUGCAGUUUACACGAAGAAUCUGCAUGAUGAUAUCCCGGGCACUAGUUUUCAGGCAAUGAGUGCAAAACUCUUGUUGAACAUGGCGGAAAGGAUAGCGAGAUUAGAAGAUAAGCGAGAGGCCCGAUACUUUUUAAUAGCGAUCCUCGACGCCAUUGGUGACAAGUUCGCUGCUAUGAACCGUGAGUUUAAGAACGCGAUUAAAGCAUCGAAGCAAGCGAAGGAAAAUCCAGACGGAAUAGAAAAUUAUCUAGGAGAUCAACAUCCGCCGGACUGGGAUGAAAUCGACAUCUUCACUGCUACACCCAUCAAAACAUCCAAUCCUCGAGAUAGGAAUGCGGACCCGGUAUCUGAUAACAAGUUUCUUUUCAGGACCCUGGUGAAUGGGCUCAAAAAUCUAUUUUAUCAACUUAGGACUUGCAACCCAGACAACGUAAAAGUUGACCCGUCUAACGUCCUCGUUAACUGGACGGAGAUAUCUUAUGGAUACAACGCUGAAGAGGUUCGGGUUAUCAAGAAGCUGUUUCAUGAAGGGGCCGCUGUGUUCAGAUAUUAUGGAGUUGACGAACCGGAACCCGAAUUGCAGUAUUCAUCACCACUGGAAUUUAUUACAAGCCAAUACAUGCAGCAAAUGAGCAAGGAGGAGAAAGAACUUCUAGAAAGCUUCGGGACGGUUUUCCAUUGUGUUGACCCUGCUACCUUCCACGAGGUUUUCCAUAGCGAAAUACCCUAUUUGCACGAUUUGAUGUUCGAGCACAGCGCACUUCUUCAUCUGCCGCAGUUUUUCCUUGCUAGUGAGGCUACCUCUCCAGCUUUUGCAGGGAUGGCAUUGCAGUACUUGAUGAGCCGCAUCCAUGAAGUUGGUUCUGCCGAUAUGAAAAAGUCGAGAAUCCUCCUACGAAUGUUUAAAUUAUCUUUCAUGGCCGUCACCCUAUUCUCUGCACAAAACGAGCAGGUCUUGCAUCCCCAUGUCACCAAGAUUGUGACCAAGUGCAUAGAGCUUUCUGUCACUGCUGAAGAGCCAAUGAAUUAUUUCCUUCUCCUUCGAUCGCUGUUUCGCAGUAUCGGUGGUGGACGGUUUGAGCUGCUCUACAAGGAACUUUUACCUCUUCUUGAAAUGCUACUCGAAACAUUCAACAACUUGCUACUCGGUGCUAGGAAGAUUCAGGAACGAGACUUAUAUGUGGAGCUUACGUUGACAGUCCCAGCUCGUCUCAGCCACUUGCUUCCGCACCUCAGUCAUCUUAUGCGACCGCUAGUUGUUGCCCUUCGUGCAGGUUCGGAUCUUGUUGGACAAGGUCUUAGAACCUUAGAGCUUUGCGUCGAUAAUCUUACAGCAGACUAUCUCGAUCCCAUAAUGGCUCCGAUCAUGGAUGAACUUAUGACUGCACUCUGGGAUCACCUUCGGCCAAAUCCAUACAGCCAUUUCCAUGCACAUACUACCAUGAGAAUCCUGGGAAAGCUGGGCGGGAGGAACCGGAAGUUUCUAAACCACCCUCCGGACCUUACCUUCCAACAGUACGCCGACGACACACCCAGCAUGGACAUUAAGCUUAUUGGGUCAACCAAGGAUAGGGCGUUUCCUUUAGAUAUCGGCAUUGAUCUCGCUCUGGGAAAGUUGCUCAAGGUACCCAGAAGUCCUGCUGCGAAAGCAUCUGAUAGUUUCUACAAGCAGCAAGCGUACCGAAUGCUUAGUUCCCAACUCAAGCUAUACAUUGGAUUUGAGAACCUGCCAGAGGACUUUGCCGCCUAUCUGCGACUUCAAGCCAAUGAUAUUAUCGACGCCAAAUUUGCUGCCGGGAUUGACAUACUGGAGAAACCUGAACGUCAAUAUUCGAUUCCUAAGAAGUUAGUCCAAGAGGAAACUUUAAAGAAGCUUCUCAAGGCAUGCAUGUACGCCACAACUAUUCCAGAGUUGAAACAAAGUGCAUCCCAGUUUCUUGCCGAUGUCUGUCGCCAUUUCACGAUUAUUGAAGUUGGGCGUGCUCUAACACAAGCACGACAUUCGCGCCGACCGUUUAACGUGAGCAUGGGAGAGGGACCUUUAUAUUUGGAUACGAGAGUACUCGCCGAUUCUGUGGUUGAAUGCUACUCAUCUGACAAUCCCGCGGUUCGUGAUGCUGCUAAACAAGCUAUGUUCACAGUGCGUGAUACCGCCGUAAUCAUUUUUGGAUCGCCUGCAAAGAUUGGCAAACUUCCAUUUUUUCCGCACCUCGCUCGAUCAUUCUGCCAUGCUUGUCACGACGAAGAGUGGUUUAUGAAAGCAGGUGGAAGUCUUGGAAUUCAUCUCUUCGUCACCGAUCUCGACCUCGGUGAUCAAUGGCUAGUUGAGCGGCAAGCUGAAUUUGUUCGUGCUUUGAUGUAUGUUAUCAAGGAUACUCCAUCAGAUUUUCCGGCGAGCACUCGGACUCGAGCCCAGGAGGCGCUUGAUUUGGUCCUUCACAGAUGCACGAAAGGUUUAACGAAGGACGAAUUGAAAAAUGAUAAAAGCAGACUUUUUGGCCUUUGUGGAUUCCUUGUUCACGAGUUAUCUCACAUGAAUAAGCACGUCCGUGAGGCCGCACGGAACGCUUUCAAAACUAUUGGUCGUACAGUGGGUGCUGAAGUUCACGAGUUAUUGUAUCCAGUAAAGGAUCGCCUUCUCCUACCGAUAUUCAAUAAGCCAUUGCGAGCUCUUCCGUUCCCUACCCAGAUAGGGUUCAUUGAAGCGAUCACGUUUUGUCUUGGCCUACAUCGAGAUAUUGUGACGUUCAAUGACCAGCUCAACCGACUCUUGAUGGAAUCUCUAGCACUGGCCGAUGUUGACGACGAGUCGCUUGCUUCGAAGCCUCAUGAGAUCAAGACCGCAGAGCAAAUAGUCAAUCUCCGUGUAUCCUGCCUCCAUUUGCUAUCUAUGGCCAUGAGUUUCCCCGACUUCGCUAGUGGGCCACAGAAUUCUAGUCGUGCUCGUAUAAUUGCAGUGUUCUUUAAGUCUCUUUACUCAAAAUCUACGGAAAUUAUCGAGGCUGCUAACUCUGGCUUGCGGGAUGUGCUAACCCAAACAAAUAAGUUGGGGAAGGAUUUACUGCAGAAUGGAUUGCGUCCCAUAUUGAUGAACCUUCAAGAUCCGAAGCGACUGAGCGUGGCCGGACUGGAUGGUUUAGCACGGCUGCUUACUCUCCUCACCAAUUAUUUCAAAAUUGAAAUUGGCGCACGGUUAAUGGAACACAUGAAGGUCAUCGCAGAUGAUGCGGUGCUCGAAAAAGUAUCGUUUGGCUUAAUUGAGCAAAGUCACCCAAUGAAGAUUGUGGCUGCUAUAUUCAAUAUCUUCCAUCUGCUUCCACCUGCGGCUACAUCCUUCAUGGAGAAUUUGGUGACCAGGGUCCUUUGGCUGGAAGACAAGCUCCGGAGGACUGCGAAUAGCCCUUUCAGAAAGCCGCUGAUUAAGUACUUGAAUAGAUACCCUAAAGAGAGUUGGGCAUUUUUUCAGGUUCGCUUCCAUGAUGAGCGAUUCGGCCGGUUCUUCGGCCAGAUACUGGCUGAGCCAGAAAGCUUACCCCUGAGAUCUGUUGUGGUGGCGGAUGCGAAUACGUUCAUGACGAUUGCCUUUGGCCAUACUGAGUCUCCUGCUCGAAACACCGCUGCUAUUAAUGGUAUCUAUGCGGUUCAUUCCAUAUGCAGCCACGAAUCAACUAGAGGAUGGCUGAACACCACCCCUGACUUAAAAAGACACCUUUUGAAUGCUGGCAGAGACCUUGAGAGUAAGCUUAGAGGUGACAAGUUACCAGUGAAUGAACGCUUAAGAGUCGAGCAAGCGGAUGACCAACUGUUGGAGAUUUUCACAGUUUAUCUCUCACAGAACCUUUACGACCUUGAUUUCCUUUUUGACCUCAUCGACAAGCUCUCUGCGGGAGAACUAAAAUCUACUCUUGCUAUGCCUAAGUUCCUCUAUGAACAUAUCAUCUCGAGCGAUUCGAUUGAUUAUCGAAAAUCAAUAAUAAUGCGGUGUCUGGAUUUGUACGGCCAGAGAAACUCAUCGCAAAAGCUGAAAACCUAUGCGUUCCGCAACUUGGUCAAUCCUAUUCUCGCAAUGGAUGUCCAAAGGACAUGGGGAAGCACUAACACCGGCCCUAAGUUAAUGGAUAAGAACAUGACAGAGUUGAUUCAUAACCGUCUCUGGAAGCCACAGUUAGGGGACAUCAGUGAUGAGUCCGGCCAAGCAGGUGUUGACCAUUCACGGAUGGCAUUGCUCCAACUGUCCGCUCUUCUUAUUAAGUACCAUCAUAUCACGGUUCAAGAAUCCCGCAAGGAUAUCAUCAAAUUUGCCUGGAGUUAUAUUCGUUUGGAAGAUAUUAUCAACAAAUACGGUGCUUACGUUCUAAUCAGCUACUUCAUCGCUCACUACGAAACGCCUUCGAAAAUUGUCGUCCAGAUAUACGUUGCGUUACUGAGAGCCCACCAAAAUGAAGGGAAGGCACUCGUGACACAAGCACUAGAAAUCCUGGCACCCGUUCUUCCAAAACGAAUCAGUUCCGCUGGAGAUGCAAGGUAUCCACUCUGGGCAAGGUGGCCGCGCCGUAUCCUUGCUGAAGAGACUGCGAAUCUCCAGCAAGUUAUGAGCAUUCUCCAAUUUCUUGUCCGCCAGCCAGACCUAUUUUACGAGUCCCGCGAAUACUUCGUCCCCCUCAUUGUUCCAUCUUUGGUCAAGAUCGCUGGCCCGCCGAAUCCCUCCAAUGAAAGCAAAAAGCUUGCCCUCAACUUGAUCGGGUUGAUAUGGACCUGGGAAAAACGACGUGUUACAGAUCAGGUGUCUGGUUCUCCUAAUCCAAGAAAACGAAAAUUGGAAGAGACUCGGGCGUCCCCACCCGGACCUCCUGGACCGCUGGCCAUGCGAGAACGACCUGAUUAUAUGAUUCCCCUCGAUUUGAGAACGGCUCUUAUCAAAUAUCUCGUAACUUUCAUUUGCGGGCUCCCGGAGCGUUUUCCUGUCCCCGCGUCAAAGUUGCGUGAACGAAAUUCGGUAAAGGUGCAACCGUUUGUUCUGUAUGGGGACAUGAUUAAACGGGCUGUGCAGCUGUUGCGGGACCUACUUUCAACCGAAUUCUGGACUGAUCUUGACAUAGAUCUCUACCAGAAGGUGACCGAGCCGAUUCUUUCCGGGGAGAAGGUGGCGGAGAAGCCAGACGAGAAACAUAUAACAGGAAUGGUCAAUGCACUCCAAGUCCUAAGGGUUCUACUCGCUGCUAAACCAGACGAGUGGGUUGCUAGUCGGGUGUCAGCGGUACAGAUUCUGUUCGAGAAGUCGUUACGUAUGGAUAACCCGGAAAUUCAGGAUUGUUUACACGGGAUUGAGGAUGAAAUGGAUAUUUCGCCUAAACUUCCUCCACCAGUCAAGCGAGUUUUGGACUCUUUACCCCAAGAGCAACCAGCCGACGACGAAGCCAUGGAUGUUGAUGAUGCUCCGACCGAGUUUGCCACCUAUUUGUCCACCAUUGCAACGGAAUCCCUCUCGGCAAAUAAUUAUAUCUCAGCCAUCAACAUCCUUUGGACACUCUCCAAGAGCCGACCUGCAGAGAUGGAUCAGCAUAUUCCACAUGUUAUGAAGGUCCUUUCUCAGAAACUUGCAAAAGACCAUGUUGCUGUUUAUGCAAGCAAUCAUGGCUCAGCUGCUACUAGGAAUGGGAGUCAGGAACAAACGGCUCCUGACCAGCAAGAGUUUGAACUUGGUGUCGGUUUGAUUCUUAAAACCAUCGACUUGAUUGCCGUCCGUAUGUCACAUUUAGGCGAACAAAGGCGGCCGUUCCUCAGUGUCUUAGCUCAACUUGUCGAAAGGUCACAUAAUAUCCGGUUAUGCUCCAAAGUGUUGGGGAUGGUUGAGUCCUGGAUCUUCCACUCUACCGAAUCCUGGCCAACCUUGAAAGAGAAGACUGCAGUGCUACAUAAAAUGUUGCUAUUUGAAGCAAGGCCAGAUCAAACCAUGUCGAAAAAGUUCCUAGAGCUGGUGAUUCGCAUUUAUGAAGAUCCUAAGAUCACCCGAACAGAACUUACGGUUCGAUUGGAACACGCGUUCCUCAUUGGCACCAGGGCACAAGAUGUUGAGAUGCGUUCUCGCUUCAUGACUAUUUUCGAUCGAAGCUUGACCCGGUCCGCUAGCCGACGGCUCAGUUACGUUCUUACAUCGCAAAACUGGGAUACUCUUGCUGAUUCGUUUUGGCUGACUCAGGCCUCACAACUAGUUAUGGGCUCGAUUGACAUGACUACUCCGGCGAAAUUACAUCCGGAAGAUUUCACCUUACCACCCGCUUCCUUUUUAUUCGGCCACUGCGAGAAAGACCCAUCGAAAGCCAACGUUGUAGUGGAUAACAAUUUGGAGUCCUUAAUCUCCGAACAUCGAACUUUCUAUUUGGAUAUUGCUGAUGUCAAAGCUCGUGACAUCCUUGAGCCAUUGUCCCAGUUACAGCACGCCAAUCCAAAGGUUGCCUACAAAGUUUGGGUCACUUUGUUUACGAUCUGUUGGUCUGCAUUAUCACGGGAGGAGCGAAUCGAUCUCGAGAAAGGGAUUGUGACACUUCUUACGAAGGAAUAUCAUCAGCGACAGCUUGAUGAUCGUCCAAAUGUUGUUCAGGCUUUGCUUGAAGGUGUUAUAAGGGCCAAACCACGCUUCAAAAUCCCUCCGCAUGUGCUCAAAUUCCUCAGCAGGACAUAUGAUGCAUGGUAUACAGCUGCUGUUGCUCUUGAGCAGUCAGCAAUCAGCCCAAUAAUCGACACCCCCACUGCCCGUGAAAGCAAUCUUGAUGCUCUUGUUGAAAUUUACUCGGGGCUUCAGGAGGAUGAUAUGUUUUAUGGUACCUGGAGGAGACGGUGCAAAUUUGUUGAGACGAACUCCGCACUUUCUUAUGAACAACAGGGAAUGUGGGACAAGGCACAGCAGCUCUAUGAAUCUGCCCAAAUUAAGGCGCGAACUGGUGCAGUGCCAUUCUCACAGGGAGAGUAUUAUCUCUGGGAGGAUCACUGGGUGAUCUGCGCCCAGAAACUACAGCAGUGGGAGAUACUGGGAGACUUUGCAAAGCAUGAGAAUUUCAAUGACCUGCUGCUCGAAUCCAUUUGGAGAAGCCUUGACAGCUGGCAAGGUGACGCGAACCGCGAACAAAUUGAAACCCUGAUAAAGGGUGUAUCCGAUGCGCCAACACCACGUCGCACCUUUUUCCAGGCUUUUAUGUCGCUCCUGAAAUUUCACGCAAAGCAGGAAAAUCCUCAAGAAUUCCACAAUACAUGCGACGAGGCGAUUCAAUUAUCUAUUCGCAAAUGGCACCAACUUCCCAAACGUAUCACAAACGCCCAUAUUCCUAUCCUGCAGAUAUUCCAACAGCUUGUGGAGCUGCACGAUGCGAGUGUCAUCUGUUCGAGCCUUAAUCAGACGAACGAGAGGAACCUGGAUACGAAAUCCGCCGAACUUAAGCUUCUGCUCGGAACUUGGCGCGAUCGACUCCCGAAUGUCUGGGAUGAUAUCAAUGCUUGGCAGGAUCUUGUCACCUGGCGACAACAUAUCUUCCAGCUAAUAAAUCAAACAUACCUUAGCCUCCUUCCACCCCAGACCAACAAUGUUGCGAGCAACUCCUACGCCUAUAGGGGCUAUCAUGAGACCGCCUGGAUCAUUAAUCGCUUUGCUCACGUCGCCCGAAAACAUCAGAUGCCUGAAGUGUGUAUUAACCAACUCAGCCGGAUUUACACCCUCCCAAAUAUUGAGAUUCAGGAGGCCUUUUUGAAAUUGAGGGAGCAAGCUAAGUGUCAUUACCAGAACCCUAAGGAACUUAAUAGCGGUCUGGAUGUCAUUAACAAUACGAACCUUAACUAUUUCGGGGCUCAGCAAAAGGCGGAAUUCUUUACAUUGAAAGGCAUGUUUCUGGCUAAACUGAGUCAUGUAAACGAGGCGAACGAUGCAUUCGGCGUUGCUCUAUAUUACGAUUUGCGACUUCCUAAGGCGUGGGCUGAAUGGGGUCAAUAUAGCGAUCAGCGCUUCAAAGCCGACCCUUCGGAUAUGGAGCUGGGAAGCAAUGCGAUGAGUUGUUACCUAGAAGCCGCGGGACUUUAUAAAAGCCAUAAAUCGAGGAAGCUCCUCAGCCGCAUUUUGUGGCUGCUAAGUCAGGAUAACGACGAGGGGAAAAUUGCGACUGCGUUUGAAAAUUUCAAGGGUGAUACUCCUGUGUGGUACUGGAUUACGUUUAUCCCACAGCUACUCACCAGCCUUUCUCAUCGCGAAGCCCGGCUAUGUAAAGCGGUGCUAGGGAAGAUCGCUAAGUUGUACCCUCAGUCCCUAUUUUUCCUACUUCGAACUUGCCGUGAAGACCUACUAGGAAUCAAGAAGAGUCAGGAUCAGAAGCAGGAGAAAAUCAACCGGCUGAAACAGCAGCAGAGGUCGCCGCAAAUUAAGACUGAAAACAAACCCGGUUCUCAGAUGUCGGACGCGGCCACAAAUCCUUCAGCUGGCGUUGGAUCUCCUAGGCCGCCACAAGCAAAUCCAAGCGCUCCCCAGAUGAGUAGCACACCUGAUGUCGCUCAAAAAGAGAAGCAACCCUGGGAAUAUGCGGAAGACAUCAUGGCGGGACUUAAGACGGCUUUCCCCUUGCUGGCAUUGUCGAUGGAGACAAUGGUUGAUCAAAUCCACAAAAACUUCAAAUGUCCGCCAGACGAGGAUGCUUAUCGUCUCAUCGUGGCGUUGCUUAAUGAUGGCCUUGCCUACGUUGGUCGCAUGCCCUCUUCGUAUGCGCAGGACUUCAAGCUUCCACAUUCUACUGAAGCCAAUAUUACACGAUUUGCGGAAACUAUUCUCCCUGCUCAUAUUCGAAAAUCAUUCGAGGCAGAUUUCGUUAUUAAGAAGCCGACUAUGUAUGAGUAUAUCCAUAAGCUUCGAAGAUGGCGCGACAAAUUUGAGGAAAAGCUCGACCGUCGCCCUCACUUCCACUUCCUCGAAGCGUACUCACCGCAUCUUAGCGAGUUCAAAUUUCAAAAGUUCGAUGAAGUCGAAGUUCCUGGCCAAUAUUUGGAACACAAGGAUAAAAAUCAGGAUUUUGUGAGAAUCGAUCGCUUCUUGCCCAAUGUGGAUCUGGUACGGGGAAUCGGAGUAUGCCACCGAAGACUAAAAAUACGUGGCCACGACGGCAGCCUUCACGCGUUUGCAGUUCAGCACCCAGCUGCUCGCCAUUGCAGACGUGAAGAAAGAAUGCUACAACUGUUCCGAAUCUUCAACUGCGUGCUUCGAAAACGAAAGGAGAGCCGUCGCCGGAAUAUCUAUUUCCAUCUUCCAUUAAUGGUUCCGCUUGCGCCUCAUAUCCGUCUUGUCCAGGAUGAUUCUUCGUACAUCUCCCUGCAAGGGAUCUAUGAGGACCAUUGUCGCCAGACCGGGAUGAACAAAGAUGAGCCAAUGCUCUAUACAAUGGAGAAAAUGCGUGCACUUGCAGAAAAUAAGAUAAAUCGCGCUCCGGAUCACUCCGUCAUCCUACGAACAGAAAUUUUCUCCGCCAUUCAGCAGAAAUGGGUCCCCAACACGGUUCUUCUAGACUUUAUUCGACAAACAUACCCCCAGUACGCAGAUUUUUGGCUCUUCCGCCGACAGUUCUCCUAUCAGUAUGCUGCAAUCGCUUUCAUGACGUAUGUCAUGCACAUGGGGAACCGCUACCCAAGCAAGAUUCAUAUCUCUAGACGUACCGGCGAUAUCUGGAGUUCGGAGCUAAUCCCGGCCAUGAACAACGCGAAAGCCCUUUUUUACAACCCCGAACACGUUCCAUUUAGACUCACGCCCAACAUCCAGACCUUAAUGGGUCCAUUGGCCACGGAAGGAAUCUUUGCGUGCGCAAUCAUGGCGAUUGCUAGAUGUCUCACGGAACCGCGGCUUGAGUUAGAACAGCAACUGAGCAUUUUCGUUCGCGAUGAACUACUAAUCUGGGCCGCCGCUCAACAACGCGUUCUACCGCAAAUGAAAGACCUAGUGCAGAGCAAUAUUGAUUUCAUUGUCAACCGAGCUAUCAGUUUGGCCAGUCCUCCUGAGGGCAACCUUCCUGCCAACCAAUCCGCUAUCGACCUUAUUUCCAAGGCAGUUAACCCCCAGAGUUUGGCACAGUGCGAGGCUCUGUGGAUGCCAUACAUGUAAUCUGUCAAGUUUUCAUGUCUCUCCUUUUCUUUUUAUUCUUGCGUUUAUAGCUUCUUUGAUUUUUUUUUUUUUUCGUAAUGUAUUAUCAGUUGUGGUUUGAUGAUUUCGCGCUCUAAGGGUCUACGUUUGAUGGACAUGACAUGAUAAGUUGACCAAAGGUGUACUUUAGCAUGGCGUUGUCGGAUAUGAAAAUGCCCUGGAUGAUCGUCCCUUCGGGCAACUGGUUGAACUGGUCAAACUGGUCAGGAUUUGCUGGGUUAUUCAUUUCAUUAUGUAUGGAAUUAUUCUAAAUUCCUAAUGUUAAAUUCUGAAUUCACAAUUUCAUUUCAUCAACUAUUGCCCUUUUUGAACAUUAAAUAUAAAAGGGGUAUUGAUACUACAGAAUAUCCAGGAGAGUGCCGCAAAACGCCUUCCGCAAAAUGAGGAAAUAUGCCAUGGACUUAAACUAAAGAAGUUUUCUUUUUUAUUCCCAGACCGGCUGAGAACGGCUUUUUAGGCUUUUUUACCCUCGCAAAUGACGGUGGCGGCAUCUCUGCAGAAUUCGGUACGGGCGAGUCUCCUGUGUCGCUCUCUUCAACUAAUCGCUUCACGCGCUCGCCAUCUUUAGUCAUAAAGACUCUUCGCGCGAUUUCAGCAUCCUCCGCAUCGGCUUUUGCUUGCGCAUCUUCUGCCUCCCGUCUCGCUCGUAGAAGGGCUGCUUCUUCCCCGCCCCUUUCUCCACGCUCAAUUCUGGCAUUCCUCGUUCGAAUCUCAUCCAACGCAUCAGCGACGGCCAUCUCUCGUUUUGAGUCCAACAUCUUUUCUUCGAGUUCCAUCAUCUUAUCUCUCUGUGCUCUCUCCUCUGCCUCAUUUUCUUCCCUCUCGAGUCGAUCGAGUGUCUCUUCUUCGGUUUCAUUGACUUGGCUCGCAGCCGCAUCUCUCCAGGGCUCGAAGUUCCGUUUUGCGCCUCUCUCACACGUAUAAUCCAUGUUUUUGGGGUCGGUUUUAAAAGUAAUUUCGCUCGAGCAUCGGGUGCAUCUUAUAUAGAAGCGAUAUAUUGGAAUAUUCAGAUACCGUUCAUCGGUGGUCUCUUUUCGAGCGUUGAACUUCCGGCCUUUGUAGAUAUACUCUCCACAGUUGGUGCAUUUGAGACUAAACGGGGCCAUUAAUCGGACUGUGAGAAGCUUCGGACCUG